AUUUACCCUUGUCCUGUGACAAGGCCCAAAGGGCCUGCCUCCGCCUAUGAUAGUGGUGGAUCUAGGGAGAGGCCUUCGCGGAACAUGGCUCAUUCGUCCUCUGGAUCCAGAGCUAGUACAACACUUAUAGUUCUUUUUUAUUUUAUUUUAGGUAUUCGGGACAAUGCUGGUCGGCUCACGCCCUCUCAGCCUCUUUUGAAAUGCGAUCCAAUACUCUACUAUGUCCUGGAUCUGCAACUGCUCAACCAUAAAGGAAAACGACGAUAUACAUCAAACCAUGUGAAAUAUAAACAAUAUCAUUUAAACUAUUGACGACAAUUUGAACCCAGCUUUGCGGGGUAUUAUCAGACUUGACUCGCACUGGGGCUGGUAAUACCCGAAUCGGCGUGAGGCUGGAUAUGAGUACUACUUCCGACCUGUCUUGCCCAGUCCCGCCCUAGUCUUAACCCACAUUUCGUUGAUUUGUCUCAAUAUUUCUUCUAUUUUUACUUAUCCUAACCCACAUUUUCACCCGUGAUACUUUAGAUAUGUGUAAGACUUUAUCGUUUAACUAGUUUGACUCUAUUAGUCUACCUAUUAUAUCUAUUUUCACUUAUGAACUAAUUUCCUUUUAUUUUAUCACUAAACAAAAAUAUUUUAUUCAAAUAAUAUAUAAGAAAAAAUCGACAUGCCCAACCCAUACCUACACGGAUAUAACCCGACCUAACACAUCAAACCGAAAUGAGAAUUGAAAUACUCACCUGUCUCAUUGCCAUCCCUGCUCUAAACAACUCACAAAAUAAUUAAUAGGGAUCACUAUAUCACUAGUAAAAUUUACAAGACGAAAUGGAAAAUGAAUCGAAUUGAACCAUCAGAAUUGUCAUCCCUCCCUACUUCCCCCUACCUUCUCCUCGGUCCCACUCUCUCCCUCUCCCCGGCCCCACCCAGCAAAUCCUUCUGUCCUCCAUUACCCGCAAAUCAAUGCUCUUUUCUCCUUUCUCCUUCACCACCCCCAAAUCUCAAAAUUUCAAAAAUUUCACCUCUCUGUAUAUAAACACUCUCCACUUCCCCCUUCCAAACCUCACUUUAUUCAACACUCUCCUCCUCCACCACCACCACCACCGGCCCCAAUCCCUCUUCCACAGAACCACCGCAAUGGCCCCGGCCGCCCCUCUCAUUCCGGCGACCCUCCUCGCCCUCUCCCUCCUCGCCAUCCUCUCCCUCUCCACCGCCUACCGCCCCUGGCCCAGCACCCACCCAAACGCCACCGACCUCGCCCUCGCCGGCUCCAAGAAAUUCGAAGGCUCGUCGGACUUCGUCCACCUCCGCUACCACAUGGGCCCGGUACUCACCAACAACAUCACCGUCCACAUCAUCUGGUACGGCACCUGGCAGAAGCCCCAGAAGAAAAUCAUCCGCGAGUUCAUCUCCUCCAUCUCCGCCCCCUCCGACCCCACGCGCCGCCGCUCCACCGUCGCCGGCUGGUGGAAGACCGUACAGCUCUACACCGACCAGACCGGCUCCAACAUCUCCCGCUCCGUCUCCCUGGGGCAGGAAAAAAACGACCGGUUCUACUCCCACGGCAAAUCCCUCACCAGGCUCUCGAUCCAGUCCGUAAUCAAGAGCGCCGUCACGGCGAAAUCCCAGCCGCUGCCGAUCAACCCUAAAAGCGGGCUCUACCUCUUGCUCACCUCCGAUGACGUGUACGUCCAGGAUUUCUGCGGGCAGGUGUGUGGGUUCCACUACUUCACUUUCCCCUCGAUCGUGGGGUACACGCUCCCGUACGCGUGGGUGGGGAACAGCGCCAAGCUCUGCCCCGGGGUUUGCGCGUAUCCGUUCGCCGUCCCCGCCUACAUGCCGCAGCUGAAGCCGGCGAAGUCGCCCAACGGCGACGCCGGCGUCGACGGGAUGGUGAGCGUGAUCGCGCACGAGAUCGCCGAGCUGGCGAGCAAUCCGCUCGCCAACGCUUGGUACGCCGGGCAGGACCCCAGUUUUCCGGUGGAGAUUGCGGACCUGUGCGAGGGCAUUUACGGGACCGGCGGCGGCGGGUCGUAUACAGGGCAGAUGUUGGAGGGACGGGAUGGCGCCACGUAUAACAUGAACGGGAUCCGACGGAGGUACUUGGUUCAGUGGGUGUGGAACCAUGUGGUUAAUUACUGUACUGGCCCUAAUGCGCUCGAUCAGUAGUCAGUUCAGUCCUCCACACUUAUUUAGUAGCGCCACUUUCCACUUUCCACUUUCCUCUUUUGGUUUUUGUGUAUUUUUUUUUCUGGAAUUUGAUGAUUUUUCCUUUUUUUGGGGUUUACUCUCUCUUUCUGUUUAUGGGUGUGUGAUAUUUUGCAUAUUUGGAUUAAGUUAGUUAAGGGUUGUUAAAAAGAUGUUUAAUGAUAGUUAUAGUUAUUUAUCUAGUACACUUUUGUUCUCUAUCCAAUUGUGUUUAUUCUCAAUUGCCCGAUAGCAACAAUGCUAGAAUUGCUCGAUUGGACGAAGAAAUCAUGGGAAUGUGGCAGAAAGAUGGAACGAGAAGGAAAUUGAUUAAAUUAGAUAGAUGAUUUUAAAGCAGGAAUGUCGAAAUGAAGUUAGUUUUUUUGUUCUUUUUCGUUUUAACUUAUUGAAAUUGACAUAUCUCAUCUUUGCUUAGAGAGGAUUAGGACGUGCGAGAAUGAGACUGUAGCUGAAUGACGAAUUUUAAUUUAUGCAAUUAAAUUUUGUCCAUCAAAAUGAUGAAAUUGUUGAACCCCUUGACCAAAGAGAAUCAUAUCAAACUCUCACCACCACUGAAUUCGCUCAUCCGAACUCGCAUACGAAUAUUCAAUUUACCUGCCGAAUCCGAAAUGAGUUGGCGAAUAGGGUGUUUGUAUUCUCAAGGAUAAUGCUAAUGGUGAUAAAGAAAAUCACUAUUGUUGUUGUUAUGUGGUUUGUUUUAAUUGUUUUUUGGUGGCAUUGAAAACGUACAAAUAAUAGUCUGUGGAAGCUGCUUAACUUCCAUGGAGGAGCCGAGUCGAGGAGACAUAAAUGGAUGAGUCGUUUUCCAACACAGGCUGGUGAAAGCCAAUUUUAAUUAAAUUGUCUCUCAAGAGGGAUUGGCAUGAUUUUUUUUUUUUUUACAUUUAGCAUAUGACAAAAUAAAAGCAACUCACGAGACAAAAGCCGAAUGGGUGCCACUGCCACCUCUCGAGGCUCUCCCAAGUAGUUGAGCCAAGCUAGUACAAUUCUGAGUUUCGUAUUCGUCACUAAAGUUUGAAAUACUAGCGGAAUAUGUAUUUCGCCUAAAUUGUUUUGAUCGGUUUGUCAACUCACCAAAUUAGUGAGAGAGAAAACAAAAUUCAUAAACCUUGGAUUUUGAAUGAUCGAUAUCGAAACAUGGUCAAUUUAAUGAGUUUGGCGGGAAAUUUGAUACGUGUUAAAAUGGAUUCGUUGAUAAUAACUAGUUAGCUUGACGAAUAACAUGUAUGAAGCGGCAAUAUCCCAGUCUAUUCUUAAAUUUUCGACCAAACCCUACUAUUUCUACCACUAGGAUUAUUCCUAACUGCUCUACAAAUAGCUACUGAAAUUACCCUUUUAACUACUUGGAAUAUAGAGUAAUCACAACAAGGCAUGAUUAAAUAACACAAUACAAAUCACUCCCAAUCUAGUUCCUCAACAUAGAUCCAUACUAUUGCUUUUCGUUAAACAAAAAAAAAAAAAAAAACUUCAAACCAGAUCAUUUGACGGGGAACUCGAGUACUCGACUCGAAUGAACAACGUGACUGUUACAUAAAUUAGACCAACCUAUGGUAACACCUGCGUUAAAAAUCAAAUCAUACUGACCAAUCUGUUAGUGACAUCAAAGUUAGGGAUGAUAACCAGGUUUUCCAUAUAUACCAUCCCCGUACCACGGUAUUAAAAUCGUAGCCAAAUAUACUCAGCGAUUUAAUAUGUCAUACCAAAACCAUCCACUAUGCGGGUCAGGGAAAACCCAUCCACAUCAUCUCCCAACAAUCAUGUACAAAGUUUUUUUUUAUUAUAUAAACUAAUUUUUUUUUCUUCGAAUGUCAAUGUAAAAUGAAGUUUUUUCACAUUAUUUGUAACAUUGAGAGAAAAUGAACAAGGUUUGAGGUUUAAGAGAUAAUAAUUAUAAUGGUUUAAA